CCAUUUUGUGCUGCUGCGCCGGGUAUUUAUCAGAAGAGUCGUGACUGUCCCGUUUACACUGCUAGUUAGGUAGUCAGACGGUUCCUGGUGUACUCGGUUUUUCGCCUCAAGCCUGUGGCCUUUGAUAGGUUUCGCCAAGUGCGAUUUUUGAGACAAUAUCAAUAGUUAAUUUUGUAUAUUUAGUUUAUUUUUAUAUAGUGUAAGGAAAGAUGGCCGAAGCUCCCGAAUACUCUCCGUUCUUCGCAGUGAUGGGUGCCUCUGCGGCUAUGGUGUUCAGCGCCUUGGGAGCAGCCUAUGGCACAGCUAAGAGUGGUACAGGAAUCGCCGCCAUGUCUGUGAUGAGGCCGGAGCUCAUCAUGAAGUCAAUCAUCCCUGUGGUCAUGGCGGGUAUCAUAGCCAUCUACGGCCUGGUAGUAGCAGUGCUGAUUGCCAACAGCAUCCAAGAGAGGAUGCUCCUCUUCAAGAGUUUCCUCCACCUGGGUGCUGGACUGAGUGUGGGCCUGAGUGGACUGGCAGCAGGAUUCGCAAUCGGCAUAGUGGGUGACGCAGGCGUAAGGGGCACAGCUCAGCAGCCAAGGCUUUUUGUGGGCAUGAUCCUUAUCUUGAUUUUCGCUGAGGUCUUGGGUCUCUACGGGCUAAUCGUCGCCCUAAUUCUGUCCACGAAAUAAACGCCCAAACAUCUCCACUACAAGAUCUGUCCUUUAUGUUGCUGCUGGAGUAAAAGUGUAAAACGGGGAAAAAAUUGUAAAAAUGUCUGCCACACAAGAUGAAACGAGUGAAGGUGGGGAAAAAAAUGAAUUAAAAUGGCUCCAUAAAUAUGGUCUUAUCUCAACAAUGUGUACAGUCGUCCCAAUUUGAUAGUCAACUUGUAAAUGCGCAAUGUAGUGAUUUGUCUGUCUUGUGUGUGUGUGUUUCAAAACAAUUGUAUGAUGAUUUUUUUUUCCCUCCACUUAUUUGGGCCUUGAGGCCAGCUGAGGCAGCUCGGCCUCUGGUUUUAGAGCUGACCAAAGGGCCGCACAGCUCUUAUUCCUCCCACAAAUCUUUGGGAGUCGACACAGUUUCUGCAUUUAAUCUUGAGGAUCUGUUUGUAAAGAGAAAUGUGUAUGGACUUAAGAUUUUUUUUCCACUGAUUUUAUUUAUAAGAAAUUGUUCAUUGAACUUUAAUUCCCCAGGAUAUAUUAUACAUAUAUACAGACAUAUAAAUAUCUAUAUAGAUAGAUUUUAUGCACUGUGGGUUAAUUGUGAUAAGUGGUUGGAAUUCCUCUGGAUGUAACUCUUGGUUUAAUAAUUAAGAUUGCCUUUAGUAUGUUGCUGGUGGAGUGGGAGUUUUGUGUGUAGCUGUAUUCUAAUCAUGACGCAAACAUUCUCAAACUUCAGUGUUUUUCCUGUAGUACUGCUGUUUGCAUUAAAGGUGUGUGUGCCCAGUGUUGGGUCUCACAAGUGUAAUUUCCAAAUUUCAUCUCCUCUCCAUCUUCUUCACUCCCCCCUCCCAUCUGUGGCUGUAAUUCAUCUCUUCCACAUUCCAGCCAUUAGAAUCCUGCAUGGAUUUCAGUGUUUUGUUGCUGUUGGAUAUGAUGCUGAGGAGCAGGCCACUUUCAGAUGAUUUAAUCCAGAUCAAGAGACCGUACGCAUAGCGCCUUCACAAAAAAUUGUUUAAAUGACACAAGACUUGAUGGUAUAGUUUGUAGCAUAAUCACAGAAAUCCUGUGAGAUUAGUGUUUGGGACUGGCCUAGUUUAUCAAAAGGACUGUUCCGAUUUGAUCUGGAGUAUGUUUUCUGAAAAUGGAACUGCUGCAGAUGCAUUUACUGAAGCACCAAUCUACAAUCCUGUAUUACCACUGGUAUUGAAGUUAUCCUGAUGUGUCGACGUGAAUGUUUUCACAAUCGAAUUAAAGAAGAUUCCAACUUA